UUUAAUCGACAAAAAUCAGUUUUUACAAUCUAGGGUUCCGUUUUAUUUUCUAUCUCUUCUCUUGGAAAACUUCAUCGAGUUUCUUUAGGGUUCAUAAUCGUGUUAACAAGUGGUCAAGCUCUCAAUUUCAAAUCCUAAGAAGGAAGGAGGAGAGCUGUUGGUGGUUUUUGGUGUGGCGAUUCAGAUUGACGGUGGUGUUGGUGUGGUGGUUUUUGAUAUUGGGGGGAUUUCGUUAUUCGAAAUAUUUCAAAUAUGAGUUCUGGUGGUAGCAGGAGUCCUCCUCACAGAUCAAGGCCAGUUAUGCGUUCCAGGGACAGGGAGCGUGCAUCUUAUCGUGAUGCACCAUACCGAAGGGAUCAUCGAAGUAGUUUCAGCAGGCCUGAUUCACUGUGCAAGAACUGCAAGCGGCCCGGUCAUUAUGCCAGAGAAUGCCCAAAUAUUGGUGUAUGCAACAAUUGUGGGCUUCCAGGGCAUAUUGCGGCAGAGUGCAACUCUAAAACUAUGUGCUGGAACUGCAAGGAACAUGGCCAUCUUGCGAGCGAGUGCAGCAAUGAUCCCAUCUGCCAUUUGUGCAACAAGGUGGGGCACCUAGCGCGGGAAUGUUCAGCUUCAGGGGCAGCUCUUCACGAUCAAAGGCUUUGCAACAACUGCUUCAAACCAGGUCACUUUGCUGCUGAAUGCAACAACGAUAAGGCAUGCAACAACUGUCGCAAGCCCGGUCACCUUGCUCGUGAUUGCUCCAAUGACCCUGUUUGCAACGUGUGCAGCGUGUCAGGCCACUUGGCUCGGCAGUGCCCCAAGUCAAAUAUGCCAUUAGAAAGAGAAAGAGUUGGAGGCCCUUUCCGUGAUAUCAUAUGCCGUACCUGCAACCAUCCAGGGCACAUCAGUCGUGACUGUGUAUCCAUUGGGAUCUGUAGUAACUGUGGUGGCCGGGGUCAUCAUGCCUUCCAGUGCCCCUCAGGUCGUAUGGUUGAUCGUGGUUUCCGCAGGUAUUAAGAAGUAUUAUUGGGUUUGCUUAUAUCCAGAAGGUGAAGAUUCAAGGACUUCAAUAAGGAACUCGUAUUUUUCUGUUUGUGUAAUAGUACCAUAUAAAUAUAACUUGAGAUCGAAACGUUAGUUUCGUAACUUUUAUUUUCUUCGCGAAGAAAAUGAGUAUUAAUAUGUGAUGACUGAUCAGGCAAUUGGAAAGCUUGAGAUUAAACUGAUAGUUUCUUGAAUGAAGUUCGAAAUUUUCCAUCUAA